AUGCUUUAUGUUGUCUGGGGCGAUGGUGGGUCCAUGUCCUUCUACGGCUGCAUUACUCAGUUCUACUUGGGAACAUCAGUGGGAAGUGUUGAAUGUCUUCUUCUCACAGUAAUGGCCUAUGACCGAUAUUUGGCUAUUUGUCACCCCUUAAGGUAUUCUUGCCUCAUGAACAUCAAGACACAGAAUCUUCUGGCACUGGGGUCCUGGCUUUCUGGUUUCAUGGCGAUGGUCAUAUUGACCGUCUCCAUUUGCAAAUUACAGUUCUGUGGGUUCAACACCAUCGACCAUUUGUUUUGUGACCUGGCUCCAAUAUUACAGUUGUCCUCUACAGAUACUUAUUUAGUGGAAAUGGAAUCUUUGCUGCUCACCAUUGCUUUUAGCCUGUUCCCAUUUAUGUUGAUACUUUUGAGCUACAUCACCAUAGUUUUUACCUUGGUGAGAAUUUCUUCCAGGCCUGGCAGACAGAAAUCUUUCUCCACCUGUAGUUCACAUCUAGCGUCUGUUUGUACAUAUUUUGGGACAAUCUUCAUUAUUUAUUUGGUACCCCCUCAAAAGCAUUCCAUCAAAUUAAACAAGAUUGUGUCUCUGCUCUACACUAUUGGAACUCCUCUGUUAAAUCCAAUCAUCUACUGUCUGAGGAACCAAGAGAUGAAGUCUUGUAUCAAAGCUUAUUUUAUACCAAAUCACAUGAUUAAAAUGUGGAAUUGA